CUCGGCUUCCUUCCCCCUGCUCUCUUGGUGCGGAAGUGCUGUCCUCCAGAGCAGCAGCAGAGCCAGAGCUGCCACUGUUUGGGUAAACACAACGCUGGUUCAGUAGUAGGUUUUCUCGCCGCCGCGCCUCUCCGUCCGGACUUGUCAGCACACAUCUUGACCGUGCAGCAUAGCAGUAUUAUGCGAGUACCGUCCGGAGUGCGGGAGCGCCGUGUGAAGUGAGUUUCCUUGAGUCAUCUAUAUGGGCCAUCUUCUCUCGAAAAAUGGUUACCGCCUGAAGAAGAGGACACACAAGUUGCAUCAUAGGAAGAAGAAGAAGAGGAACUGUUUCCUGCAGCUGCCUUGCAUGCUCUGCUUCAUUGUCCACAGCAACAGCAGCGGUCUUGACGACGACAGCGACCAUUUGGAGGCCGGUGUCAACGGCACUGUGUGCCGUCACAACAGCAUCACUGGAAUCAGUGUCCCUGGUGUGGCCGGAGUUGGCAUUGGAGCAGCAACUGCCUCGAAGCUCGCCGAGCGAUACGCAACACUCACAUCUCCUGAGGAUUGCUCUAAGUUCCUGUUGUCACCACGGGAGCUGGUUAUCUGGGAGGGCCAAGGGAGGAGCCUUUUAUCAGCUGUUCCUGCCAAACUGAUUCCACCGCCGGCGCUGUUCCGAACCGCUGGCGUAUCUGUGACCGUGGCCAUACCUGUACCUGUGCCUGGCUGCACCAACAACUACACUGAGAUGGUGUGUAAGAGGAAGUGCUCCGAGGUGCAGAGGUGCACCCCCUGUAAGCAGCCGCGCUGCGCCUUCGCUGCCCCUGACGGAGUGCUGGAGAAUGGGGGAGUGGGAGGAGGAGGGGGAGAGGCUGCCUCAAACUCUGAAACUGGCCACUGCCACCUUCCCCUCUGUCCACUUCCCUCCUCCUCCGCUUCCUCCUCCUCUGCCUCCUCCUCUUCCUCCUCACCUGCUGACGGCUGCUGUGGGUUGGGUCUUCAUGCUGAUUUGCCCCACAGUUCAGACUCAUCCCCCUGCUGCCUGCAUCAUUAUGACGACUGCCAGGCGCGAAGUUCUGACGCUGCUGAUCACUCGAGUAUCAACCACCUGCCUUCCUCCAUCCUUCUCAAGGUGCUCUCCCACUUGACAGUGAAGGAGCGCUGUCUGUGUGCCUCUCUGGUGUGUAAGUACUGGAGGGACCUCUGCUUGGACUUCCAAUUCUGGAAGCAAAUCGACCUCAGUGGCCUACAACAAGUAAAUGAUGAUCUCCUGGUGAAAAUAGCCUCUCGGAGGCAGAAUGUGACGGAGAUUAACAUCUCGGAUUGCAGAGGGGUCCAUGACCAUGGUGUGUCCUCCCUGGCCUCACACUGUCCAGGCCUGCAGAAGUAUACGGCGUACCGCUGCAAGCAGCUGGGUGACAUGUCCCUCUCGGCCUUGGCUUUACACUGCCCUCUGCUGGUGAAGGUGCAUGUUGGCAACCAGGACAAACUGACGGAUGAAGCACUAAAAAAGAUGGGAGAGCACUGCAGUGAGAUGAAGGACAUCCACUUGGGUCAGUGUUACAGUAUCACAGAUGAAGGCAUGGUGGCCUUGGCUAGAGGAUGCCCUAAGCUGCAGAGACUCUACUUGCAAGAGAACAAACUGGUCACUGAUCGGUCCGUGCGAGCGGUUGCAGAGCAUUGUCCUGAGCUGCAGUUUGUUGGCUUCAUGGGAUGCCCGGUGACCUCUCAGGGAGUCAUCCAUCUCACUGCGCUACGGAACCUGAGUGUCCUUGACCUGCGGCACAUCUCGGAGCUCAACAAUGAGACGGUGAUGGAGGUGGUGAGGAAAUGUCGCAACCUCAGUUCCCUCAACCUCUGCCUCAACUGGAGCAUCAACGACCGGUGUGUGGAAAUCAUCGCCAAAGAGGGGAGAAGUCUGAAGGAGCUCUAUCUUGUGUCUUGUAAAAUCACAGACCACGCUCUGAUAGCCAUAGGCCAAUACAGCAGUACCAUAGAGACCGUGGAUGCCGGCUGGUGUAAGGACAUCACAGACCAGGGAGCCACACAAAUCGCUCAGAGCAGCAAGUCCCUCCGCUACCUGGGCCUCAUGAGAUGUGACAAGGUGAACGAGGAGACGGUGGAGAGGCUGGUGGUCCAGUACCCUCACAUUGUUUUCAGCACGGUGAUGCAGGAUUGCAAGAGAACCCUGGAGAGAGCUUAUCAAAUGGGCUGGAGCCCCAACACAUCGAACACUUCGUAGCUACUGCUGGAUCACACACACACACACACACACACACACACACACACACACACACACACACACACACACACACACACACACACACACACACACACACACACACACACACACACACACACACAGCUACAUAGAGGCCCUUUUUGUGUACAGACACACAUACACAAUAUUUGCAGCUCAGUCAUGUUUGCCUCUCAUCCACUGUUCAAACAUGCAUGUGAACAUGUAGCUACACACUCACAGACAAAGGUCUAGUUCAUCAACUGUUUCAUUUGAAACAAAUCUAUCAUUUUAAUAAUUUAACUCAAAGAUGGGCCUCUUGGUAUUUUAAAGUUAAGUGAGACAUCAUACUUCUACCAAUCAUUGACUGAAUUGUCCUCAUCAUCAUCAUCGUUAAUAAGCCAGAUUACAUCCAACAAUAUAGUGUACUUUCUUCGACCAGAACCUUGAGUGACUAGUUUGUUUUGGUGCUAAAGAGUGCACCAACAAGUGUCAUUUGAUAUCUACUUUAAGUGAGUGUUACUCAGUUCAUAGAGUAUUAAGCCUCAUACAUUUUUGAAUUGUCAGUUAUCACUUUGGAUGGAGUGAAGGUAAAGAUGCAUGAGGAGACGAUGCACGGGAAAAAGUUCCAAUUAAUGGAUAAUUAAAUCAAAGACAUUCAGGGAUGGUUGGACAAGAAUUAUUUUAACGAGUAUGGAUUAAAAAAAGGUUUGUCACCCCCAACCGGAGCCGAUGUCCCUGAGCACUGCACCCAUGUCGGCUCAUGGCAUUUGCUUCCUGUGUUUACUUCCUUCAAACUGAACUCAAUUGCUGCAGCGAGCUCGCACAAGCCACAGCAGAGACUUGGAGAUCAGGAAGCAACCUCCCACUACUUCAGACCGGAAGACAACUGAGCUGCCAGAACUUCAGACCUCAUUUGAGGCAUUUUGAGAAAUUUGUGAUGUUUAUUUUGUCCAAUUAGAUGAUUUUUCUUUCUUUCGUGGAUGUUCAGUACAGUGUUAAAGGCAUUUGUGGACACAUUUUGAGAUGUUUGACGAGGCUCCAUUUGAAGGACGGAGCUCCUUGCUGUGACUUAAUGUGCACAUUACCAUGGUACAGAAGAAAGAUUCAAACCCCUGGAAAAUUCAUGGCAAGCAAACAGCAUUGACUAUUUCUCAAAAACUGCAUGUUUAUUUAUGUUUUUUUUGAGAUCCUCAUCUUGUUUUUUUUUUCCAGCUACAGAGAUAUAAUCUACAGAUGAUUUGCCGUUGAAAUGAGCCUCUGUAUGACUUGGGAACAAUGCUGUUUUUUUAUGCCAUGCUUAAAUUUAGGGUUAACUGAACAUCACCUUGAGUCAGUACAGAAAGAAGUGCUUGAAAUAGAAGUUGCCUUUACUUAAAAACCCUGGGUCAUGUUAUCAGACUAUUAACCACAACCACCAUGAUGACAGGUAAGAGGAAACGUUGCCUUAAGUGGUUAGUAGGUAAUUGCCAUCCAAUUAGCGAACUGAAAUCGACCCAGAAUUUACUGAAGAAAUGUUUAUCUUAGUUUAUCUGAUACCAUAUUCCCAUUAUUUGAUCCGAUAUAUACAUAUAACUACAGUGUGGGAUUUACUUAGCCUAUUGUUGGUUUUGAGCAUAUACUUGUAACAUUAACUAUGUAGCAAUGCAAUGAGGGAGUUAUCUUUCUUAGUGGGGUAGGAUGUAGAGAGAAAACUGGCCUGGCCUAUAACCAGGGCCAGUAGAAGUUGGUUGGAGAGAGUUGAUUGUUUUUUUAUCUAUUCUAUAGAAACUCAGUAGUGUACAGUUAAAAAUGCAGAAAACCAGGGUAUUUUUCUAUGGUGUGAACUAGCUCUAGGCUCAGCCUCCACACACUGUCACUCAGACAUGAACAAUAGCUUACUGAGCUUAGGGUUUGAGUAGAACUGUAAACUUUCUACAGCAUAUAGAGAUUUCAGAUAAUUAAAAACACCUUCAUUUUACCCUUUUCAGAGUUUGUAGACUUUAACCGAUGGACAGUUUCUCUCUCGGCCUGUUUUUGUUCGGUUUCUGUUCUUUUGUAAUCCCCAUAUGCACUUUCUUCUCUGCUAGAUGUUGACACACUUGAUUCCUGAUUUGUCAAGGCAACCGUAAAUGACUGGAUUUACAUGAAGAUGAAUAAAACACUACUUCAAGCUUU